AUGGCUCCGACGAUAAGAACCGUCGCAACUUACAACACUCACCAAAAACACACCGUCGAUUUCUUCGGAAACGAGCUGAUCGUCACCGUAACUUCCACUCCCUCCGUCAUCACCCGAUGGAUCAACAACGUCCUAUUCCACAACAACCGCUUCUCCUCUCACCCUCUCGUCGUUGGAGUCGGCGUUCAAUGGACACCAGCUGGUCACCACUCAAACUAUUAUCUAUGCGACAACUGCUACAACGCUGAUCCUUACUACUACGCAGAUCCGGAGGCAGACACUCUCCAGCUAUGCGUCGGUAACCGUUGCCUCAUCAUCCAGCUAUCUCACUGCGACCACAUCCCCGACGAGCUUCGUUACUUUCUAACGGAUUCUGGAACGGUUUACGUCGGGUUCUGGAACGGUCAAGACGCGAGGAAGCUCGCGAGGUCGAGGCAUGAGGUGGAGAUCGGGGAGCUUUUUGAUGUAAGGAACUAUGUUCAAGAUUCGGGAGGGUGGAGCAUGAGUCGUUGUUCGUUUGAGGAGGUGGUUGAGGAGUGUAUGGGUUAUCAAGGAGUGAGGCUUGAUCGUGGGAUAAGUAUGAGUGAUUGGAGUUUGUAUGAGCUUGACCAUGAGCAGAUUCUUCAGGCUUCGGUAGAUGCUUAUGUUUGCUAUGAGCUUGGUGUUUGGGUUCGUCUAUGGGAGUUUUGA